CCAAAAAUCAGAGAGCUGCUCUGAGCUCCGACUGGAAAAAAUGGAAGGAAGGAGGCAAUUCGACGGGGGAGCCACCGUACAUUUCGAUUCCGAUAUCCGGAGCACCACCGUGAGUACUAGUAGUGGUCAUCCCGCACUUCAACCCAACUACAGCUGCCGGAAAGUCCAGGAAGCACUGGAGCACUUGGCAUCAAUUGAACUGAUAGAAUUGUGCAAUGAAGCAAAAGUUGAGCAUUGUCGGGCUACAAGGGACUUAAGAAGCUGCGGACGAUGUGUUCAAAGUGUGCUGAUUUCGUGUGGCCAUGCCUCUUUAUGUGAAGAAUGCAGUCAGCGUAGUGAUGCUUGCCCAAUCUGCAGAUUUCCCAUACCAAAAAGUGGAAAUAGACUAUCUCUUCGUCUAUAUUAUGAGUGCAUUGAGGCCGGUCUUAUUUCCAAGAGAUACGAUGACAGGUUUCAAGAAAAAGAUGGGGAGAAACUACUGACAGCUGACGUUGAAAGGCUGUAUUCAUUUUUCGAUGUUGCAUUGGAGAACAAUUUGUUAUCUCUGAUCUGCCACUAUAUUACAGAUGUUUGUAUGGAUGAAACUGCUGUUUCUAGUGACCCAAUUGUUGCUUUGUUGCUGGAUGAAGUGGUUGUCAAAGACUGGUGCAAGAGGACGUUCAAACAUAUUAUUGCUGAGCUUCAGUCUAUUUAUAAUCUUAAUGUAGAUGAAAUCAAGGAAAGGGCACUUCUUAAGUUUACUGUUAGGCUAAGCUGCAUAUCCACUGUCCUUGAAGAGUUAGAAUCAUCUUUUAAGGGUUCCCUUUCUGCACAGCUUAAUGAUAUUCAUCACCUACAAGAGAGCAUACUGAAGACAAAGCAGCAUAUGGAGAUGAUGAUUUGGUAUACAAGGCAUGAAUCUCUUGAAGGUCUAAGUCGGCAUGAUAGUCUCUCAUCAUGGCGUUCCGAUGUCCGUGAGAGAAAAGAAGCGGCAAUCAAACGUGCAUGGCCUUCCCCUAUGGGAACCUCAAGGCAAGAUGGCGCCAUGCUCUUCAUCGAAGAUGCUUUAUCAAAUCUUGAUACACAACAGGAGUAUACAGCAGAUAGGGAUGAUGAAUUAAAGAUUGCUUCUCUGCAGAAGGAUGGGGGCUACUCAUUUUCUCGUGUCAAAAUAGAGGGGAUGGUAGGAAGCUAUCCUUUUGAAACCCUCCGGUCAGCCAUUGACAUUCUCUUUCUAUGUGGAAGUUCAGAUCUGGUGGUAGCAAAACAAGCAAUUCUCUUAUAUUAUCUGUUUGACCGACUCUGGAAUAUACCUGAUGAGAAAUGGAGAUCCUGUGUAGAUGACUUUUCUGCUACAUUCAGUAUAGCCAGGCAUUCAAUAUUGGAAUCAUUUACUUUUUAUCUUCUCGAUGACCAGAGCGAUGAGGCCCUGAAGGAAGCUUAUCAUCUUCUCAAAGAGAUUUCAGGCCCCACAACACAUCCGAAGGUCGCACAAGUUCUGUUGGAAAGACAAAAUCCCGAUGCUGCUCUUAUGGUCUUACGUUGGUCAGGGAGUGAUAGUGGAGCAGAGUUGGUCUCACUUAACGAGGCUGUCACUGCUGUUCGGGUCAGAGUGGAGUGUGGACUUCUGAUUGAAGCAUUUAUGUAUCAAAGAUCACUUUGCACCAAAGUUAAGAAAAAGAAAGCAAGGCAUGAGUUGUACCCUGAUGCUUCUAGUGGAUUAAAUGAUGAUUUUGAAGCCGGGAUGAAUUGGUUGGAGGUACUCGUAACAGAAAUUUGUUUUCUUUGCAUUCGAAGGAAUUUGGUUGAUCGAAUUAUUGGCUUACCAUGGAAUGCGGAUGAGGAGAAAUAUCUACACAAAUGUCUUUUGGAUUAUGCUUUAGAUGAACCCUUAUCAAACACAGGAAGUCUUCUUGUUGUGUUCUAUUUACAGCGUUAUCGAUACGUGGAAGCAUAUCAAGUUGAUCGGAAGCUUCAAAGCUUCGAGCAGGACUUCAUUUCUAAGAAUCCCGUUGAUCAAGAUGUAGUAAACAGAAUGGGAUCAAUAAGAGAUUGGAGAGCAGGAUUAGUUGACAAAAGCAUUCAACUACUGCCAGAAGUUGAACAACAAAGGGUGAAAAGUGGACAAAUGACUGAAUUAGCCUCCCCGGACGGUGACGACGCUCCAGGAAAUCACGAUCUUCCCGAAGUACAGGAUCCCGCUUUUACCAGCGUCCUAGUCCCGUCAUAUGUCAACUCUUCUCUUCUUUUUGGAACCAAUGACGGAAAUUCUUCACCCUCAUCUUCUUUCCAAACGGCUCAAUCAAAUUUAGGUGGAUUAACAAACUACGGUUCUCCUUUGGUUUCACAAACGAACGCCUCUAAUGAUGCAGACAGAGGAAUGAGCAUGCUUAGGUCCAUCAGUAAAAACUUCAAAUUUGAUGAUAUUACAACAUCUGCAAAUCGUCCUGUUCGGCCUGUAAUUACUACACCGUUAAAAGAAAUUAACCGAGGUUCUUCAGUAAUUCGGAAGAACAAGUAUCUUCAGCAUGACCAGAAUAAUAUGUCUAUUGACCAUCUUCCAAGUCCUAGUCCGUAUUUCGGAAGUGUUGCUGCUAAUGCCGAAGAUUCACCUAGUAGCAUCGGUGGCUUAUUCAAAUCAUCUCGUCAAGACGGGAUUUUGAAAGCAUCUGGUAAAUCUGCACGAUCGAGCAGACUUGGUCGUGAUUUUGUCGAGGCUUCGGGUGAUCUUAUGGACAUGUCUUGGAGCAACAAAGAGGAGAGUCUUCCAGUGCAAACAAAUCUUAACGGACCGAGAUGGAGGUCGGAUGAUGGAAGUGAUUAUGAAGAUCAGCAGAGCCCCGAUAGACUUACGGGAGGCGUAACACCUUCUAGAGGAUUUAGAAGAAGCAGGCUCACCAGAAGAUGACUCUUCUUGUGAACGUAAAAUGUCGUUUACGCCCUCCAUGCCCGAUUGAUUAUUAACAGCAGCUCAUGGUUUGGAUUUCUUGAUGCAAGAGUGUUGUCACUCUUUUUGAUUUGGUUGCUUUUCCCUCUUGGUGUAUGUUGCUGCAUAAAGGAAGUUGUGACUUGUGAGGGUAAGCAAAGCCAUUUGUUGGCCAUGUUUUGUAUCUUCACGAUUUCGUGUUCUUUUUGAAAUUUUAGAAGUCAAAAUCGAGUUUAUUUCAAAACUCAAAAGUCAAAGAUAGAGACCCUGUGUUUUUUGAAUUGA